CAGAGGUUAAACCCCCUUACUCCCAUUUCACAAUCAUAGGCUUUCUCAUAUCAGUCAGUGUGUUUUAUCUUGGCAGAAACACAAGGGUUUUAAUCCUAAUCACUGGCUACUGGCUUUUUAAAUAAACAGGCCUGUCUAGAAACUUGUGUUAAAACACCUGUAUGAGAAGAGGAAUUCAGUGUGCGCCGUCUUUACGGUAAAGUCCGCUUGUUGAUCCCGCCCAGUCUCUGUCUGAUAGAAACUCGGUGAUGUCGAUUCGUCUUUAACGAGCUUGACCCAGAACCAAGGGAAGGAGGGGAAAAGAGGGGAGAAAACACUGUAGAAAACGGAAUAGUCUGGAAGCGGUCGGAGCAAGCUUUCCACGUGCAGUCCAUUCCUUCCUGUUUCUGGGCUCGGUGGUUCGGUGGCCUUCUACCCAUGAGCAACUAGAGCUCAACCUCUGACCUUGGCUACUACCAAACCACGCUCACAGGUGAAGUGUGUAUGGAGCAGUGUGAGAGUGCAGCGGCUCUGCUGGAGUCGGUCAGGGAGCAGGAGGUGCAGUUUGAACAGCUGACCCGGGCGCUGGAGGAGGAGAGGAGGAGAGUGGGCCUCCCCGCCACCAGCCCCUCGGCCCUGGGUCGCCCUCUCCCUCACACACAGAACGGUCGUUUAGGUGAUGCAGACAUAGAGCGCCUGAAACUGACCGACUCAUACAUAAACGGCACACAGUACAGAAUGGUGGACCCUGCACACGGCGCUCUAGAUGAGAGCUACACACCAGAGGACGACUCCCAGGAAGUGCGCUCAGUCUUCUCUGAUGAUGGAACCGCACGGCGGCCUGACAAUGGGAUGAAGAAACCAAUCUCGCGCACAGUCCUGCCCUCUGAAUCCAUGUCCAUUGACGGGGGCUUGUUGGUGUCUGGUAUGGGCGGCUACAGCGCCACACUGGACCGUCCUUACAGGCAGGCUGUACCAGGAGACUACCCUACGGCCACAGUGCCCAGAAACUACCACUAUGGCCCUGUGGGGGGUUAUGAUGACUACAGGGGAGGCCCACCAUCAGAAGCAUACACUAGCCUGAGCAGGGGCUCACACAUGGAUGACCGCUACAGGCCAGUUGAUGUCUACAGGACCUUGGACUCUGGCUACCGGGCCCCAAGCCGUCAGCAACUUGACCCGUAUUCAGCACAACCCCAGGUGAGCCGGGGAAUGAGGGCCCUGGGCUCAGCGAUGGAGAUGCGGUAUGGCCACGGCCACUAUGGCCUGGAAGAUGACCAGCGCAGUGUCGGGUAUGAUGACUAUGGCAUGGGGCCUCCACCCAUACACCCUGGAGGCUACGGUACCAUGCCACGCCUGGGGCCCGGACCCGGGGGUAUGGACCGACGAAGACUCAGGAGCUGCGAGGAUACUUUGGAUGGUGACAUGGGGGGAGUCGACCCUUAUGCUUGGGGCGUUCCCAUGACAAUGGACAGGGGGAGCAUGGCUUCACUGGACAGCACACUUAGGAAGGGUCCUCCCGCAUCAUGGAGACAGCCAGAGCUGCCGGAGGUCAUCGCCAUGUUGAACUACCGUCUGGACCCCGUCAAGACCAACGCUGCUGCAUUCCUUCAGCAUCUCACAUUCAAAAAUGAUAAGGUUAAGUCAGAGGUGCGUCGUCUGAAGGGCAUCCCGUCCUUGGUGUCACUGCUGGACCACCCCAGCAAAGAGGUGCACCACUCAGCCUGCGGAGCACUAAAGAACAUUUCAUAUGGGCGAGACCAUGACAACAAGAUCGCCAUCAAGAACUGCGAUGGAGUGCCCGGUCUGGUUAGAUUACUGAGAAAAGCCCGCGACCAAGACCUCACUGACACUAUCACAGGCACCUUGUGGAACCUCUCUUCCCACGACUCAGUAAAGAUGGAGAUUGUGGACCACGCCCUGCAUGCCCUAACUGAUGAGGUGGUCGUUCCUCACUCCGGCUGGGAGCGAGGAAGCAACGGGGGAGAGGAAAGCUGCAAACCACGCCAUCUGGAGUGGGAGACCGCCUUGACCAACACUGCUGGCUGCCUUAGGAAUGUGAGUUCAGAACGCAGCGAGGCCAGGCGGAAGCUGAGGGAAUGCACAGGAUUGGUGGAUUCACUCAUGUACAUUGUCCAGUCACAGAUCAACCGCAAAGAUGUGGAUAAUAAGUUGGUAGAGAACUGCGUCUGCCUCCUGCGGAAUCUGUCCUAUCAUGUUCACCGUGAAGUCCCAGGCUACGAGCGCUACGCAGAGACCACACCCCUCAACCAUGGGCCGGCGCCUGUUAAUAAAGGUGGCUGCUUUGGCUCUCGAAAGGGCAAAGAUGAGUGGUUUUCCAAAGGAAAGAAGGAUGCAGAUGAUGGGAGUGGAGAUCAGGUUGACAUUCCAAAGAGGACAACGCCUGCCAAAGGUUACGAGCUGUUGUUCCAACCAGAGGUGGUUCGUGUUUACACAUCGCUGCUUAGAGAGAGCAAGAACCCCUCGGUGCUGGAGGCUGCUGCCGGUGCCAUCCAGAACCUUUGUGCCGGUCGAUGGACUUAUGGUCGGUAUAUUCGGGCCACUGUGCGUCUAGAGAAGGGUCUUCCCAUUAUGGCAGAGCUGCUGGCUCACGGCAAUGACCGUGUGGUUCGGGCAAUGUCCGGAGCCUUGAGGAACCUCGCCAUCGACAACCGCAACCGCGAACUGCUCGGUUUGCAUGCAGUGCCUCACCUUGUGGCCAACCUGCCCGGAGGCCAGAGUCAGUCUGGACGCGCUCUAUCAGAGGAGACGGUGGCGUCUGUACUGAGCACGCUUGCUGAGGUCCUAGGAAACAGUCUGGAGGCAGCAAAGACCCUUCGAGCCUCACAGGGCAUUGAAAGGCUGGUGCUUAUCAACAAGGAUGGCAAGCGCUCAGAACGUGAGGUGCGGGGGGCCGGUCAGGUGCUGCAGCUCGUCUGGGCCCACAAAGAGCUGCGCCGGCCUCUGGAGAAAGACGGCUGGAAGAAGACUGACUUCAUGGUCAACCUCAACCCUCACACCAGCACUACAAACGGCCCGAGCACCCGAGCCAACGGCACCUAUGAAGACAGCACCACACCACUGCUAGACAGAGGGGAAAAGAGGGACAUGAUUCCACUAAAUGACCUCGGCCCUGAGGCCUACUCUACACUGGACCAGAGGGAGAGGAGACACACUCUGGAUGAAACCACAGACACUUUACCGCGAGGGGUGUAUGGGGGCAGAAAGGGCUCCUUGCCUCUGUUGGACUCCUACGAUGGUUAGCCCUCACCCUCUCCCCUCUACCCCCCUCUGCAUGUAACAGCAUGAAAAACUGAUAGUGUGCAUCACCCAGACUGGGCCGUCCCUGCCCUACCACUGCUACUGAGGAGAGAAGAUCCAGAUGCACAGAGUCUCUCUCUCUCUCUCUCUCUCUCUCUCCCUCGUCUCCCCCCUCCUCUCCUCUCUUUCUCUCUCUAUCACCACACAGAUGGGAUUAGAAGAUGGGGGUUGGCAUCCAAAGAAAGCAGCUGUGUUGCGGGUGAAAUGUUUCAUGCAACACACACACACACACACACACACACACACACAUCUUCUUUUUACAAAGUCAUUCAAUUGUAGCAACAUAAAUAUAUUCAGUUUUUUUUUAAUUAUAAUUCUUCUGUAAAGGCAAUCACCUUUGUUGACAAUCAUUUAAUUCUGGUCUUGUUGUCCUGCUUGUUUUUAUUUUUUCUUGCCAACAUUUUGGUAAAUUCUGUUAUCAACAUGUUGCUGCCAACACCCGAAUUCUAAUUAUGAAUUUGUAUGUAGACUUCUAUGUAGGGUAUAUACUGUAUAUAAAAAGAAAGUGGGAUGACUGCAUUAGUUUUGGCUCAUUAAUUUAAAUCGUCCCUUUACUGGGAUCGUUGUGGAGGUUGGGCCAGACAGACGGUCACCCUGUAGAUUGAGAAUGUUGUUUAUAUAGGAGUUAUUUUCCUGUCUAGAGUUAUUUUCUCUCGGUUGGGAUGAGCACAGGUGUAGACAAGAAAGAGCAGAGGUGUGUAUAUUUGGCAUACAGUGAACCUGUGGCCGUGUGUGUAUGUGUGGAAAAUGACCAUGGACCUUGGCGUGGGUGUGUGUUUGUGUGUGAACGGACCAGACCCAUAAAGGCCACGUUGAUUUAUUCAUCUGUUUUUAUCUUGUGCUCCCGUGACUAAGCAUUGUGUUGUUUUGUUAGUUUUAUGUACCAACGGCCUCUUUUUGUGUUUGAUACUUUAAACUUCCCCUCCAGUGCGGGAGAGAAAAGAUAAUUUGAGGUGCUGCGUUUCUGUGUUUUGAGUUUUGUCUGGAUUCAGACCAAUACAACACAUCAGAUUUGGGACUGAAAUGUGAAGCUGGGAAUAUACACUACUAAACCACUAAAACAUGUUGACACCCUGCUUCAGAAACUAUUCCUGGCUCUACUGUGACAGCUUAACAGGCACAACCUAUUCCACAGCUUAUUCUUCAUUUAGAAAGUGAGAAAGUUGCGUCCAUUUUAAAUAAUUAUCUCCUCUUUAAAUAUGAAUUUUCUUUUUUAAAUCACUACUUGCUGUUUUUUUGCAAUAUAGCUAUUCACAUUGGCAUUCUUGACGCUGUUUCAUUGAAAAGAAAACACUUAAGGGAGGCUUCUUCUCGUAGAGGAGACUCGAGGUUCAAAAGACAGACUGAGAGACACUGACGUUUAAUUUAAUUUGGGAGGCAGACAAAAAGCACAUUUUGAUCUAUGAUCCUUUUGUUUGUUUUUUAACCUUUUUUCACUUUGUGUCUGAUUUGUUUGUAUUUUAUUUCGGGGUUUGUAUGUGUGGGAGUGGUGGGUGAGAGCAUUAUGCAAUUUGUUUGACUGUUUAUUCCCAGUUUUACAGAGUUGUUUUUAAGGCAAAAGAGACCAAUCAUCUUUGUUUUGUUUUUAUUUUUUACUCUCCACACACCGUAUAUUUGCAAUGUUGCCUAUCCAUGUAAAAUUAUGAUGUACCAUUCAUGCCUGCCUUGGCUCUGAAAAGUUGCUUUUUUCAGUAAAGUAUGUACCUGGUAAUACUGUUUUUUUUAAUAAAGAUCUUUUCUUAGACGAGA